AGUCUAGGCCUAUGUGACAAUACUUCCUCAUUUGGGUUUAGUUAUUUGUCAAAGUAUGGCGACUGUGCGUUUCACCCUCUCUAUUCUACUAACUCUCCUCCAUCAUUCAGAGCCCAGUGCUGAGACAUCUGUGUUUGUGCUGAAGGGGCAGGAUGUUCGCCUGAAUGUCCAGACAAAUGUUCAACUGCAAGAUGUUGAUGUGCUAUUUUGGAAGUUUAACAGAUUAGACAAUGUUGUAAAGUACCCCCCAAAAGGUACCUUUGAAAGGUACCGAGGUAGGGCUGAAUUUAGUGUGGGAAACUUCUCUCUGCUACUGAAGAACCUCCAGGAAGGAGACAGUGGACUUUAUGAUGCAGUUGUGUCUGGUAACAAUGACAGAAACGUUGCUAAAUACUUGAUAAAAGUCCAAAGUACAGUUGAGCCUCCAGUCCUGACAGUGGACUCUAACUCCACCAUCAAUGGCAACUGUAACGUGACUGUGGCCUGCAGAAGUCAGAACAUCUCUGUCGACUCCAGCUGUAACAGCAGCACCUGCUCUCAGGUGGGAGGAGAGAGUAGAGGAGCUGAGACCUCCACUGUCCCCCUGCUCUCUGUCUAUGUGGCAGGGGGUUCCAUCAUCUGUAACCACAGCAACCAAGUCAGCUGGGCCAACGACACCAAGGAGAUCAAAACAAUUUGUCAGGAAAAAGAGCGGGACAUAGACCACAACUACGCUGUCACAGUCGGGAUGCCAGGUCCCAUCAUCCACGUCAUCAUCAUCUUUGUUGGAUGCGCCUUGAUUGGUUGGUGAAAGCUAAAUAAAGACUCCAGGUAACAGUCAAGUAGGUGAUGAAGAGCAGGAAUCUCCAGGUCCAGGUCAAGCAUCAGCCACAAUCUACAGUAUGGUGGGACUACCCCAACCCCAGCCUAUGAACCAUUCCACCAUGAUGGGAGACCAGUCUCCACCUGAGGACUUCCCCAUGACCUCCAUGACCUCCAUGACCAUGCCUGAGAGUUUAAAUGCUACUGUAUGGUGGGGCAAAAGAGAAGCAAACAAUAAUCAGGAAUUUUAACAUCAUCUUAGACCAGGAUUCUAUCACAUAGCUUGUUGUCAGCUAUACACCUUUGAAGGCAAUGCUCCCGCGUUCAAUGAGAAAACAUUCAAUUCAGUUCAGUCGGGAAAUUAUGUUUAAAUGUACAUAGCUGGCAAACCAUGAUCAAAUUGAAUCUUGGCCUAAGACCGCGGAAUAUCAGUGCUGUAGCGUGAUUGAAAUUUAAAGGCAAUGUACCUGCUUGUGUGGGGACUGCAUCGGUAAACUCUGCAUAUGUCGCCUCAAUCGGAAAUGACCUUUACAUUUCUAUCGUGCUACAAUUCGGAUAUUCUUCCAAACAACGAUCAACUACAGAUGAAGGAUCUUAAUUUGACCACACUGUUGUUGCAGGAAAUGCAAACUUGUAAUGUAUUCGAGGUUUAAAAAUGCUUCUAAAGUUUGGAAUUUACACUUUAAAAUAUCAAACUUGAUUUGCCAAUACAAAAAAAUCUAAAACCUCCACAAACAUUUUCAUUCAUUAUAUCCCCAUAAUCCUGUUGCAUCAGGAUAUUUUCCUGCUGUGAGAAACUAGUCAAAUUAACAUCCCACAUCUGUAAGCACAGCUGUCUUUGAAAAUGUUAAAUAUAUAUAUCUUUUCCUUGUAACAUUUUUGAACCAUCAUGACAGUAGUAUGCUGUAAAAGUACAUAAAAAUAACUGAACAUUUCAAAUUAUUCAUCAUAGUGGGAAUUAAACAGAAACAAAUAAUUUAUCAUAGUGGGUAUUCAACAGAAACACAUCAUUCAUCUUAAUGGGUAUUAAACAGAAACAAAUAAUUUAUCAUAGUGGGUAUUCAUAAGAACAAAAGAAUGUAUCAUGGUAAACAGAAACAAAUGAACCAAAGACAUGUGAUACUCUACAGUCAGAUAUUCUUACAUCAUGUUAUGCUGUGCAUUAUACUAUGUCAUGUAAUGCUAUAUUAUGACAAGCCCUAAUAAUAUGCCUUGAAAUGCUAUGCUAUCUUACAUUAGGCUAAAGACAUGCUACGGUACUUUGGCGACUGGUAAGUGUUUUUUUCCUUUGGGCUGUAUGUUUCAAUGUGUAGUUCAUACAUGCAUAAUCUAUAAGCAGAAUUAACGUUUUACCUCAAUGAGCAGCUGUUUUCUGGAAGCUGUGCGGCACCAUUUUCCCUACAUUUACCUCAACGUGCGCCAGCCCGCUAGAAAUGCGAGUUUCAGCCGAUGAGCUUCAGCCCCUUGCCAUUUGAGUGACAGCUAGCAAGACACACACACACACACAGCAGAGCGAGAGAGAGCAAUUACGUGUUACACAUAUCUGCACAUUUGUGAUGUGGCACGCAAUUUUCAGGUCCCACUUUUGGCUUGUGAGCGUUACUUUCAGAACUGCUUCCUAAAAAAUAUAACAAAUAAAAAAAUAAUAUCUAAGGUAUGUUAUUUAUAUAGAAACGAAUGAAAAGAUAAAGUAAAUAUAUUUUUUUUACUUUUUAAAUUACCCAAUCUGGUUUACAUGUGCAGGCAACAUCCUUCUGUUUCUGUGUACUGUACAUUGUUACAUAAAAAGGAACAUAAUUAUUAAUCUCAUGAUUAUACUAUCUGCUGCUGUAUGGGGCGGCAGUGUAGCCUAGUGGUUAGAGUGUUGGAUUAGCAGUCGAAAGGUUGCAAAUUCAAAUCCCCAAGCUGACAAGGUACAAAUCUGUCGUUCUGCCCCUGAACAGGCAGUUAACCCACUGUUCCUAGGCCGUCAUUGAAAAUAAGAAUUUGUUCUUAACUGACUUGCCUAGUUAAAUAAAGGUAACAAAUUGUAAAUAAUAUCGUCACUGUGGGAAGCCCUGUCAAUUGUAAAAAUACAAUAAACAUAAUUCUGUCACUCGUGGGCUUAAA